UUUAUGAUUCGAUUAUUCUAUUUGUUUAGCUAAUUAUUUCGCAUAGUGUAAAGUAUGUUACAUAAAUGACUAUUUUGGGCAGAGUUUGGAAAAUCAACCAUGCUUUGUUUCCUCAGUUUGAGAGUUUAAAACAAGGGCGUCUUGCUAAAGUCUUUGUUUUGUAUCAUGACUACAAACAAGCAUUUCUUGACACUUACAAGUACGUACGUACAAAGCCUAUUCGUGCCAGUUGUUACUUAACAGUUUUAGGAUUUUCUUUCUAUGCAUAUAAAAAUAACCCAAAUUUUCAAAGUUACAGAGACACCCUACUAGAAGCAUCCAAUCAACAUUCUUGUAUAAGCGAUUUAAUUCGAAAUAAAAAAUCAAACGCUGAAAUUAAAAGACUUAUGAAGCUUUAUUCUGAAGAAAGAUUAAGGAUAUGGAAUUUCGGCAUUUUUUCCUUAAUAAUGAUAAAUCCUUAUUCAGAAGUUUUUGAUGCUUUUGAAAAACACUGCUCUACUAUAGAAAAUCGUUGGAACCGCGUGGACACCUGGAAAAAGCGAAUAGUUGAUAUAGGAUUUAUAAAUCGCUGGAUUUUGAUGGAAAAAAUUAUGUUAGACUUUGAUAUAAACGAUGAUGAAUUUUCAUAAUGUUUUAAUGAGUUGUUUUAGUUAUAUAAAUAUUAUAUUUUCAUAUACAUA